AUGAGCUUUGUUAUUAAUAAUAUUAUUUUGCAAUUAUAUCAUUUCGUACCACUAGGACCAAUGUCAUAUUCCAUAACUCAAUCCAUCAAUAAUAAACUAAAAUAUUUAAUAUCGAUAAUAGAUAACGCCAUUUUUAUUCCAUUAGCUAUAGGCCGUCUCUAUGACAUCUCUAAACCUCUUAAUUCGAUUUUCCAUUCUUGCAAAAUACAUUUUUCUCAAUCUUUUAAGAAUGCAAUAAAAAUAUUUCAUUGGUUUGCCAUCAUUACAUAUUAUAAUUUUUUCAAGGAUGAUGUUGGCAUCGAUACUAUAAAUUUUAACAAAUAUUCGCCUCAGCGAUCUGUUUAUCAAAAUAUUAAUGAAGAUUCAAGAAACGUUAGAUUGUUGAUCGAGAACUGGCAACGAGCAAAUACAAAUAUUUAUGGCAAAAAUUCAUAUAGUGAAAUUCUCAACGAUCGAAAUUUUUGGAACAGAAGUGCAUCGGCGGCUCAAUUAGUUGUCACCGAGGGUCGAUUGUAUCCUGCUGUUCGUUUACAGUCGGGUCCAUAUGGAAGUUAUCAGUUAGGAACAACCGAAACCGAUCGUUAUCUUGCUGAUUCUCAGAAUAACGCACCACAAAUUCAAUCAGACUUUAGAGAAAAAGCAGGAAUAGCUGAUGAUCCCACAUAUAUUCAUACUUCACGAGGAGAUGAUCAACAAUCUCAUGUCGCAACAAUACCUUCAAAUAACCAUGAAAAACCGACGCCUCCCAAUAAUUCCAAUGCAGGCUAUCCUCCAGAACAAUUUUUUCUCUCAGCUGAACAAAGAAUGCCCUCAGCUGAACCAAAAGAACUAGAUUUAUCUAUUUAUGAAGGCCAUCCUUCUCAGCAGGUUGCUUCUACUGUUGGUCAAGAGACGACUGAACUUUAUUCAAGGCUAGCUCCAGAAUACUAUCAGUCUAUGAUCACAGAACAGCCGUGUUUAAAAAGCGAAAUUGAACCGAACCAAUUUCAUGGUCCCAUUGGGCCAUCGCGGUUGCCAACGAGAAAUUCAUACGGUGAUGUGGAAGCCAGUUAUGGACUUGAUCAUACUAGCACUACCACUAUAGAGACAUUGACACCAUGCAUUAAUCCAACUGUUUUGAUGAUCAAGGAAGGAGAUGAUUUUUAUACAUCAGUACAACCAAAAGCGUCUUCUAUCCCUGUAUCUAAAGCUUAUCAAUUGAUAGAUCAACCUUACCCUCCAUCACCAAGCUCACCUGGUCAAAGAACUUUCACGUACGAUCCAAACUUUGCUAUCUCACAAAGUUUUCAACAAAGUUUUCAAGAGUACAAAUCACCAGAGUAUUUUCAAUCGCCCUCGCCUCCACCUUUUUCAUUUACUCCAUCGUUUACCAAAAAUUUACCAAUGCAAGAGAUGUACCAGCCGCUAGAGCCUCAACCUCCUUCUUCUUCACCACCACCUUCUCCACCCUCUCUAUUUACCACAUUCCCACCAACUUUUGAAGAGUAUCAGUCACAGUCACCACAACUACCACUGCCACCAUCACAACCACCUUUUAUAAUUACCACACCUCCACAGAUCUUCGAAGAAUAUCAAUCACAGCCUUUUCCACCAUCACCUUCACCACCAGAAUUACCUCCUAUUUCUUUUACUGGAAAAACGGAAACUUCCAUGCCAUCUUUUUUCACUCAGCGAUCGCUUACUACAGGGACUCAGACUUUUCCAUUUUUAACGACAAGCGAGAUGUACUCUUCAACUUCUGGAAUAGUUGAAAUAGCUUUUUCUUCAAUUCCUCCUACAACGACAUCUCCGAUAUUUUCGACUAUUACACGAGAAAUAGUCUCACCAAGCCGUCCUUUCACAGUGGAAGAAAUUUCGACAUUUAUAUCAACUGAAGAGACCAAAGAAAAACCCUUUCCGGUGACGACAAUUCAACCAUCAUUUCCAAAAUUCUUUACCACUACAACUUAUCCAUCUUCACCAGCAAUUCCUAGUGAAAUUUUCACGCCACAACGUCCAAUUCCUUCAAUGAGAAUUACGCCAGCAAUCGUUCCAAAUCGAAUUCGAGGUAAAGCACUUGUCGUUUGUGGUGAAGAUGGAAUCAGCUUUCGUAUUAUAACAUUGUUUCCAUUCACCGGACAAAUUUUCUCGCAAGACCAUAAAAGAAUUCCAAGUAGAAUAAUACUAAUAUUGUACUAA